AUGUCUUUGGAGACUUUUAUACAACGAUUGCUAACCAAACGAUGUGUUGCAUUUGUUGGUCCCAUGGAUGCUUAUAUGCUGAUGAAUGGCAGAGUGGGAUAUGGUCUCGAUUAUGAUUUGAUUGGCAGCGAUGAGGAAAAGGAACCAUUAGUCUUAAGCAACUGUUUGUCGUACGAUGAAGUAAAGCUCUCAGCUUUUCUUUCUGUUUCAUCGUAUAGUGAACUCAUCAAUGAUGGAAAUCGUAAAAAUAUGGCGAUUAUUGAAAAGGAUCUAAGCAAAAUUGAACGUGAAGGUGUGGUCAUUGGUUUAAUUGGUGCUCGUUUUCAGCGACCAUAUGUUAUGGAGUAUCAGGAUAUUAUCAUUAGCAUCGAACAAAAUACAGAAGAGAGGGGCUAUGGCCCAAGAAAAUCAUUCUUCGAUUCCCUUACGAAAUUAUUCGCCAACAAAGAGCACUCUGAUGUGGCGAUUACCACAUCUAGGAAAUAUCGUAAAAUUUGGGAAAAGUUUUACGAGGAACCCAGCUACCAUUUCCGCAAUGUCAAGAAAGACAAUAAACGAUUUGGUGAUAUUGAAGGCGCCAAUUCAACUGCGAUUUUCGAUAAUGUUGUUAUGAAGAAGAGAUUUACAAUUACAUUUGAUACACUGUUGCUGGAGGCCCAGUCGAGGGCAGCUUAUUUAAAUAAACAAGCCUAUCUUCACAUUGUGGGCAUCGGUUUGGGAGUGUGGCGUGCGGCUGUACAACAGACUGAAAUUUUCUUGGAAACCUUUCAUCAGCGAGUUCUACAACUCCUGCCCAAACUAAAUAAUAUUGGUGUUUUACAUUUUACCUGGUUCCAAAUGCCACAAUGCGGAGACUUAAAACAUGGCGGUUUUAUUGAAUCGCACUCACAUCCACAUGGUGGUAUAAAAAUAUUUAUAUCAAAUCGUAACCCAGCUGAUAAAAUUGUGGGCCCAGAAUUCGCCGAUAUGCUUUUGGUUAUAUCCUAUGCCUGGGAUGCUAAUGCGUUGCCGGGAAAUGAAUUCUGGCAGAAACACUUGGGUGAUUCCAGUGAUUCUUCAACGGCAAGUAGUACUUUGAUUACCGAACUACAUAAUGGUCAUAUUAACACAGAUUGGGUGUGUGGCCGAAAUCUGCAUAUAGCAAGUGGUGAACAUGGCAUCAUUCAUAUUAGCGAUUAUGUGAAGAAAAUCUAUGGAUAG